CGGCAGAGUAUAUUCGUGACACUCUUUCUGCUAUUUUAUCUAAAUAAUAAUAACUUUUUUUAAAGCAAAUUGUAGCUAACGUAAUUAAUAAUGAUAAUGAGUAAUAAGAGUUUAAUUUGUUAAUCACGAAAGGAUUCUGAACUAAUUUGUGUACUCUACAAGAAAAAAUUUGCUGUACACGCGCUAUCAGUAUUUUUUAAUAAACCAGAAGAAUGACAACUCUCUUUAAAGCACGUACAGGAUUACAAGUUCUGAAAAACUUUCUUCAACCAAAACCAGAAGUGAUUACCAUACCUGAUCGAGAAAGCCACAAAAGACGUCAAACUGCGAAAAAAAGGUUUCCACCAUGGUUCAUUAAGCAGACCAGAGCGCUUGGUGACGAUGAGCUGACCAAAGAAAACAAAGAAUUUGUUAAACAAGUAAUAAAAGACAGAUACCCUCAUCCAGAUGUUUAUGGAUCACCUUCUCCACUAAAGUUACACACGAUCGAGCCAAAUAUUGAAUGGAAACCAAAUUACCAACGUACAGGUUUGAUUGCCCAAAAAAUUGGUAUCUAUCCAAUGUGGGACAAAGACGGCAAUAAAUUUCUUACAACCUUGUUUCACGUUUAUGACAAUCAUGUUAUAAAAUACAUACCUCCAGAAGAAGCUAAUCCUAUGAUAACUAAUAAAAAAAAUACCAAACCUUUUACUAAAGGCAGCCUUAUAGUGGGUGCUAUUGGAGCAGAUCCUCAAUUGUUUACAAAACAAUAUUGUGGAAUGUUCAAUGAAUCUGGGGUUCUACCAAAAAAAAUGAUAUCUAGAUUUAUUAUAUCACCAGAAGCUGCGCUACAGCCCGGUACACCCUUAUUUGCUUCACAUUUUCAAGUUGGUCAAUAUGUGGAUAUCAUAGGGAAGACAAUCGGUCGAGGGUUUCAAGGUGUUAUGAAGAGAUGGGGUUUUCAUGGUAUGCCCGCGUCUCACGGUGUCACAAAGACGCACAGAAGACCAGGUAACAUUGGUUCAGGAGGUACCAAAGCGCGUGUUAUGCCAGGAACAAAAAUGCCUGGAAUGAUGGGGAAUAAUUAUCGCUAUUUGAGAGCGCAGGAAAUAGUUCGAAUAAAUACUAAAUACAAUAUCAUUUGGGUCCGUGGACAAGCCUCAGCUGGCGAGACGAAUAGUUUGGUCAAAAUUUUUGACACCCUGGUACCACUUAAAAGUUCAAGGGUAUUAAAAAAACCUCCACAUUUCCCAACUUAUUUCCCCGACCCUGAUAAUGAUCCAUUACCAGAAGAAAUGUGUGGAGAAAAUAUUCAUCAAUUUAAUGAUCCAACCAUUAUGUACAAAGAAGAUUAAUGAAUCUAUUUAGAGUUUAUUGUAUACAUACUGUCAAGUACUUUAAUAAAGUUUUGUUACAAAAAAAUGUUUCAUGUAGUCCGUUACAUUUUUAAAAUUAUUAAAUGAAUAAAAAAAAAAAAUACGCUUUAAUUUAAUUCGUCAAUGUAUUUGAAGAAAAACUAUACAUUGUUAAUUUCAAAUAGAAUAAGAAACUUGAUCUUUACAGCUACGGCAUCUAAUGUACGCUACAUUUUUAUUUUUGCCGUCUUACAGAACGCUCGCAGUUAUUACUUACACUAAAGAAGAGUAAUGUUUUUUCUUAGAAAUCACACUAUUAUAAAUU